GUGUUCUGCUGCUUUUGCCUGAGAAUAAUCUAAUGGAUUUGAACUAAAGAAAGAUCUAAUGAACCAUGAGCAUAGGAGGCAUUUUCUGAGGAUCAUUUGCUGUACUCUACUAUGUCCACAAUGACUGAGCUCCAAGGUCCAGCCUUACAGACACCUAUUCAACUUUGCCCAGACUGUGGCCAGAACCACUUGGUCCCGGAAAAUCAUCUCUAUGAUUACAAAGAAGAGGUGGACGAUGAACUUACCUGCCACAUCUGCUUGCAGCCCUUAUUGGACCCUUUAGACACCCCUUGUGGACACACGUACUGUUAUCAGUGCCUGGAGAACUUUCUGCAGGAACAGGACUUUUGCCCAGUGGACAGGCAGAAGCUACAUUUGCAACAAUGUCGAAAAUCUAGCCUUCUGGUUCGUAAUUUGUUGGAUAAACUUUCUGUGGUAUGCCCUUUUACGAAGGAUUGUGGGCAUGUGAUGCAGCGAUGUGAAUUGGGCCCUCAUUUGCAGAACAGAUGCCCAGGAUUUAGGAAAGUGAAUGAAGAAACUGAGAGGAAGAAAAAACCCCAGUGGCAUGAAGUAAAACACCUAAAAUGUGACCAGGAUCUAGUUUUGGACGCUCCUUCUCUCCAGUCGUCCUCUGCACCUUUUUCUGGGACUUCUGCUGUGGGGCCUCUAAUUACAUCUGAUGCUGGGAUGGUCAACCCGGCCUUUGAAGAAAGUGAAGAUGGUAAAUAA